UUUACUUGAACAAACGGGACAAACACACUUCUUCAAAACAGAAAUCUUAAGUAUCAAAGUGUAUAAUAUUUAAAGUUGGUUAAGUAAACUUAUGUUCACUUUGUCUGGAGUAUCAUUUUGACUGAGUUAUCAGAUUCAUCAGGUCCAUUCAGAGUCUGUGGAGGUGAUCGGAUUCAUCAGAUCAGACUGAUGUGAUGUGACUGAAUGAUUCAUGGAUGAUUCACAAACAUUCAGAGAUGGAGAUGAUUCUCCAGGAGUCAGAUCAGAUCAGAAGAGAUCAGACUCACCUGAGAUCAGCUGUGUCUCCAUGAGGAGUGAUGAGUCUAUGAAUAGACCAAUAGUAUUUAAGGGUGAAGACAAAUCACCUGACAAUCAGAGAUCAGUCCAUCAGAAGAGAUCAGACUCACCUGAGAUCAGCUGUGUCUCCAUGAGGAGUGAUGAGUCUAUGAAUAGACCAAUAGUAUUUAAGGGUGAAGACAAAUCACCUGACAAUCAGAGAUCAGUCCAUCAAAAGAGAUCAGACUCACCUGAGAUCAGCUGUGUCUCCAUGAGGAGUGAUGAGUCUAUGAAUAGACCAAUAGUAUUUAAGGAUGAAUAUCCAUUGCCUGAUGAGAGGUCAUUAAUUUUGUCUGGAUCAGACUCAACAGAUCAGAUCAGAGUAUCUGUGAGUGAUCAGACUAUAAACGUUCAACAAUUCAAUGAAAGAGACGCUCAUAGUUUCAGUUCUUACUGUCAGCUUGCUGAAGUCCUGAAAACAUUCAAAUCAAAUCUGAGGAAGAAGUUUGAGUUUUUGUAUGAGGUAAAAUCAAAUAAGAGAAACCCAACACUACUGAAUGAGAUCUACACAGAGCUCUACAUUACAGAGAGUGAAAGUGGAGAGAUCAGUAAUGAACAUGAGGUGAGACAGAUUGAGACAAAAUCCAGAAGAACAACAACAAAAGAGACACCAAUCAAAUGUAAUGACAUCUUUAAACCUUUACCUGAACAACACAAACACAUCAGAAGUGUGCUGACAAAGGGAGUCGCUGGCAUUGGAAAAACAGUCUCUGUACAGAAGUUCAUUCUGGACUGGGCUGAAGAGAAAGAGAAUCAGGACGUCCACCUCAUAUUUCCACUUCCUUUCAGACAAAUGAAUUUGAUGAAGGACAAAACACUCAGUCUUUUAGAUCUUCUUCAUCUUUUUUUCCCAGAGACAAAAGAAAUGGAAAUCUUCAGUGAUAAAUAUAAAGUGUUGUUCAUCUUUGAUGGUUUGGAUGAGUGUCGUCUGUCUCUGGAUUUUCACAGCAGUGUGAGGUUGUGUGAUGUACGUAAAUCAACCUCAGUGGACGUGAUGCUGAGAAACCUCAUCAAGGGGAAUCUGUUUCCCUCUGCUCUCAUCUGGAUCACCUCCAGACCAGGAGCAGCUGAUCUCAUCCCCUCUGAGUGUGUUGAUCGAGUAACAGAAGUACGAGGCUUCAGUAAUCCACAGAAGGAGGAAUACUUCAGGAAGAGAAUCAGUGAUGAGAGUCUGUCUGAUCAAAUCAUCUCACACCUGAAGUCAUCCAGGAGUCUCUACAUCAUGUGUCAAAUCCCAGUCUUCUGCUGGAUUUCAGUCACUGUUCUAGAGAGAAUGUUGAGGGAAGCAGAGAGAAGAGAGAUCCCCAAGACUCUCACUCAAAUGUACACACACUUCCUGAUCAUUCAGACAAACAUCAAACAUCAGAAGGACUAUGAGAAGAAAGAUGAUGACAUGAUCUUCAAACUGGGUAAACUGGCUUUUGAGCAGCUUGUAAAAGGCAAUGUGAUCUUCUAUGAUGAAGACCUGAGAGAGUGUGGCAUUGAUGAAGCAGAAGCAUCAGUGUACUCAGGAUUGUGUACUCAGAUCUUCAGAGAGAAGUAUGGUUUGUAUCAGGGGAAAGUUUACUGCUUUGUUCAUCUCAGCAUCCAGGAACAUCUAGCAGCUCUUUAUGCUCACAUCUCCAUCACAAACAACAACAUAAAUGUGUUUGAUCAAAGUACUGAACCUGGUAAACUUUUUAGUGUUUUGGACACGACAGAACACAAAUCAGCAAAACAGGUUUCAUUAUCUGAGAUACAUCAGCGAUUGGUAGAUGAAUCUUUACAGAGUAAGAAUGGACAUCUGGAUCUUUUCCUGCGUUUUCUUCUGGGUCUUUCACUGGAGUCCAAUCAGAUUCUCUUACAGGAUCUACUGACACAUAUAAGAAGAUGCUCCUACAAGAAAUGGAAAAUUGUUAAGCACAUUAAAAAGAAAAUCAAGAAGAAGAAUCUGUCUAUAGAGAAAUCCAUCAAUCUGCUUUACUGUCUGAAUGAACUGGGUGAUGAUUCACUGCUGCAGGAGAUUCGACGUUUGGUAAAAUGUGCAUCAGUAGGAAAGACCAAACUCUCCUCUUCACAGUGGGCAGCUUUAGUUUUUGUGUUGUUGACGUCUGAACAGCAUUUGGAUGAACUUAAUCUAAAUACAUUUAUUGGAGGUCAAAAUACAGCGGAUGAAGUUCUUGUGAGACUGCAGCCUGUGAUUAAAGAAACUAAAAAAGUUCAGUUAAAUUGGUGUUCCAUUACAGAUGAAGGUUGUGUUGCUCUGACUUCGGCUCUGAGAUCAAACCCAUCCCACCUGACACAUCUGAAUCUGUCAUUUAAUAAUCUAAGAGAUUCAGGAGUAAAGCUGAUCUCUGAUGUACUGAAGAAUCCUGACUGUAAACUAGAGAUACUGAAGUUGUGUAGUUGUAAUAUCACAGCUGAAGGUUGUGUUGCUCUGACUUCAGCUCUGAGAUCAAACCCAUCACACCUGACACAUCUGAGUAUGUCUAAUAAUAAUCUAAGAGAUUCAGGAGUGAAGAAGAUCUCUGAUGUACUGAAGAAUCCUGACUGCAAACUACAGAAACUGGAUUUGAGUUGGUGUAAUAUCACAGCUGAAGGUUGUGUUGCUUUGACUUCAGCUCUGAGAUCAAACCCAUCACACCUGACAGAUCUGAAUCUGUCUUAUAAUACUAAUCUAAGUGAUUCAGGAGUGAAGAGUAUCUCUGAUGGACUGAAGAAUCCUGACUGUAAACUGAAAAUACUACAGUUGAGUGGUUGUAAUAUCACAGAUAAAGGGUGUGUUGCUCUGUCUUCAGCUCUGAGAUCAAACCCAUCACACCUGAGAGAUCUGAAUCUGUCUGAUAAUAAACUAAGAGAUUCAGGAAUAAAGCUGAUCUCUGAUGUACUGAAGAAUACUGACUGUAAACUGGAGAUACUGAAGUUAAGUGGUUGCAAUAUCACAGAUGAAGGUUGUGUUGCUCUGACUUCAGCUCUGAGAUCAAACCCAUCACAUCUGACACAUCUGAAUCUGUCUCAUAAUAAUCUAAGAGAUUCAGGAGUGAAGCUGAUCUCUGAUGUACAGAAGAAUCCUGACUGUAAACUGGAGAUCCUGAAGUUGAGGUAUUGUAAUGUCACAUCUGAAGGUUGUGCUGCUUUGACUUCAGCUCUGAUAUCAAACCCAUCACAUCUGAGAGAUCUGAAUCUGUCUGAUAAUAAUCUAAGAGAUUCAGGAGUGAUGCUGAUCUCUGAUGUACUGAAGAAUACUGACUGUAAACUGGAGAUACUGAACUUGAGUCAUAAUAAUAUCACAGAUAAAGGUCAUGCUGUUCUGGAUUCAGCUCUGAGAUCAAACCCAUCGGAACUGUCACUGACUAAAGACUAAUCCUCAUUAAAAUGCAUUAAAAAUACUAUAAUAUAAAAUAUAAUUAUCAUUUCUAUUAGAAGAAUACAUUUUAUAAUUUUGCUACAUUUAUAGUUAAACUUUUCUAUUGAUUGGAUAUACAGUAUUAUGUAUGUAUGUUUGUUUGUAUGUAUGUAUGUAUGUAUGUAUUUAUUAUACACUAUAAUAUUACGUCAUGAAUAAUGUAUUGUGACCUCACCUGUGAAAACCCAGCAAAAGUCGCAUAAUGUAGUUUUAAGUUUUAGAGCAUCAAAGUAGUCACAAUUAAAAAAAUAUGUAAUUUGUGUUUUUUUGCUUUAAAUGAUAUGUAUUUAAUUAAGUUUUCAAGAUGCAGUACUCAAACUUUUAUUUAUAACCUGACAAAAUACUCAAAUUAAUUGUUGUAUUGACACAACUUUAUUAUUUGCAUCGCCUAUUUACACUGUCACCCAAUGACUAC